UGCAGUGCCAGUGCUUUCUACCCUCCGCGCGAUUCGAGUUAAAAAUGAGGUCAGAGGUCAAGAUAUUAGGGAAUCAAAGGGUUAAUUCGUAAAACACGUUGCCUGACUCUGACACUUUCGCCCCUACCGACGGCUAUGGUGGACACGGAGGACAUAUUCCGUCGUCUAACGAGUGGGGCUCGCUUCGACCGACAAAAACUGAAGACAGACCUCGCUUUCCUUCGUGGAGGGACAGGGGAAGAGAAGAAGGCGGGAGGGCAGUCAGUUACAGCUGCUCUGGAUUUCUUUGGUGACCUCACAUCACCAGCUACUCCACGGCACAAAGAAGGGAAAGAUUUGUUGUGUGAGACCAGGGCCAAAGACAAGAAAUCCUCAGGGAAGAAGCGGAGAAAGAAGGGGAAGUGUGAGGAAGAAGAUGAUUGUGGUGAGGCAGGGGAGGAGUUUGGUCGAUUGAGGGAAGAGGAAGAGGAUGAGAGGGAAGGGGGAGAGGAGGAUGAGAGGGAGGGGGGAGAGGAGGAGGAGGGAGAGGAGGAUGAGAGGGAAGAGGAGGAUGUGGAAGAGGAGGAGAGUGAGGGAGAGAUUGAGGUGCUCCCUGGAGUCUCAGUGAGGCGGAAGAGAAAGAGGAAGAAGAAGAAGAAGACCACAAAGAUACGGAGUGAGAAAGAGAAGCAGUUGCUACUGAAGAGAGAAGAG